CAGAACAUCAAAGAAAGAAACCAAAGAAGACGAAGGGAAGAAGAAUUCAAAUGGCAGCAAGAAGUUCUUUGAUCCGCUUUGCCUUCGUCUGCAUUGUCUUGGCCGUGUUGGUCAUGACUGCCGAGUCACACGCCGGGCACAACCAUGGUCCAACUAAGGCACCUGCUAUGGCUCCGAUGCCACAUGCUCAUACUCCGGCUCCAGAUGCUCCAACUCCAGGUGCUCUAGCUCCAGGUGCUCCGGCUCCAAGUGCUGCCACUUUCUCCGCAUAUCCUCAGCUCAUCGCCACCGUGUUUGUUGGUGCCUUGUCUUUCGUCUUCUAAGAUUUGUGUUCCCAUUCAUCUUCUGAGUGUUUGCUCUUCUGAGUUGUUGAUUAUUUCUAUAUUUUAAUGUCAUCCUUGUUUUUUGUUUGUUUAUUAACCAAAAAAGAUUGUGAUGUUCUGUGUCUAUCACAAUAAUGCCUAUCUAUAAAAACAUUCUCGUGUUAUGUUUUAUCAUGUUCAUCUCAUUUAUGCGGUAC